AGUGCUUGACUAGCAGCAGCCCCAAUGCCUGUUUUUUUUUCCUCCCACUGGGAAACAUUGGUGAUACUGUGCGUUGCUGCUGCAACAAUGUCUAACCUGUGUGAGUGGCACGUGAUAUCAGACCACAGUUGAGAGGGGGAGAGGAAAGGACAUCUGUGCCUGCUUUUUUUGUCAUCUGGAUGGGAAGUCUUUUUUGGGAGGAGAGACAGAAGAAAGCAGAAGGCAGCCGGGGAAGGGGAACAACUGGCAACAGCCAAUCCCCCCUUCCACACAUAGACUGGAGACAACGGAGGCCACUGGAGUAUUUGCUUUUAUCUUUCGUUUUUUGUUCUUUUUUUUCCUCAUCGCGCUGCUGGGAGGUGCUUUACCUUUUCAUUUGCUCGCUCUCUCGGUCCUCUGUCUUCUCAUCUAUUUCGCCAUUUACCUGGUCAACAAUUUCUUCUAUUUAUGAGCCAGACAAGGAGGGAGAGAGAGAGGCAGAGAGACAGAGAAAAAGAGAAAGAGAAAGAGGAGGGGGAUUUUUUUGGCCCCCUUUAUUCUCUCUUUUUUUCCCCCUACCUUUCAUUCAUUCUCCCUUCCCUCUCCAUCGCUAUCACUUCCAGCCCUUUCUAUCCCUGUGCAGCCCACGCUCCCUCCUCCCUUCACCGCCUCCCUCCGUCUCCUCCCUCCUCCUCCUCCCCACCGCUCCACUCACUGUCCACCCCUAACUUUGGCUACUUUUUGACUCCACCACUGUUUUAAUUUCUUUUACUUUAGAGGCAUUUUAAUUGGCUUGCUUGUAUUUUCUAUUUAUGCCUUUUUCACUUUUGUACCUUUUCCUAUUUCCUAUUUCCCCCCUCUCUUUUUUCCUCCCACCAUCCUAUGCAUCUUUUUUGGGGGAUUCUUAAUUCUGACCAUAGACUGGCGGACAUCACAAAACCAAGCGACGGCAAACAUCUCGUCGUAGGAGCGAAGGGGAGAACAGAAGUGAAGCUGCUCCCGUGGAGUACAAUUACCUCGAAAUUGCCGCUUUACCCUCCUGACUUGUUGCGGAUUUUUACCUGAAGCUGCUUUGAGCCUCCCUCAGUCUGAGGCUAUGAGAGGGAGAGAGGAGUCCCAGGCCGUACCAUCAUGCUACUUCUGAGACGCUGGGAUGAGACUUUGGCUGGCAAAACACAAGGUAUUACUCUCCCACUCCUCCACCAUGCCUUCCUGUGGCUGCCGCAGCCCCUCCCCGCCUCACGGCCAAGCCGGGGCCUCCUCCUCCGCCCCCUCGGUCGCCCAGGAGCAAGAGAGGCGAGUCCGACCCCUGCAUCCGCCCCCGCCUCCAUCGCUCCACCGCCGCACCAGCGCCUCACUCUGCCUCUCCCUCCUUCUCCUGCUGCUCUGCCUUCUCCACCUGCCCCCGGCCUGCCACUCACGGAGAGAGAAGGGCGGGGGAGGCGGUGGCGGCCACUACGUCCCUAUCCCUCAGCCGCCUCCCCACCACAUGGCCCUACCCAACAUCCUGCGUGGCCUCAGCAUCGCUGUUCUCCUGGUGGGGAACUCCAGCGAGAUGGCGCUGGCCGGGGGUCGGGAGAAAGAGGACUUCCUUCACAUGGCACCCAACGUGGAGGUGCUGACAAUGAAUGAGACGGACCCUAAAAGCAUCAUCAAGAGCAUCUGCGACCUAAUGACGGAGCACUGGCUGCAGGGCGUAGUGUUUGGGGAUGACACCGACCAGGAGGCCAUCGCCCAAAUCCUCGACUUCAUUUCAGCCCAGACCCAUAUCCCCAUUCUCGGAGUCCGUGGGGGCUCCUCCAUGAUCAUGGCUGCCAAGGAUGACAACUCCAUGUUCUUUCAGUUCGGCCCCUCAAUCGAGCAGCAGGCUUCCGUCAUACUAAACAUCAUGGAGGAAUACGACUGGUACAUCUUCUCCAUCGUCACCACAUACUACCCUGGUUACCAGGACUUUGUCACCAAGAUCCGCAGUACCAUCGAGAACAGCUUUGUGGGCUGGGAACUGGAGGAAGUUUUGCUACUCGACAUGUCCGUAGAUGACGGCGAUUCAAAGAUCCAAAACCAGCUGAAGAAGCUCCAGAGCCCCGUCAUUCUCCUCUACUGUACAAAAGAAGAGGCCAACACCAUUUUCGAGGUGGCCCACUCUGUCGGGAUCACCGGCUAUGGCUAUACAUGGAUAGUGCCCUCGCUGGUUGCUGGCGAUACUAUCGUAGUGCCUGCAGAGUUCCCCACAGGUCUGCUCUCGGUGUCCUAUGACGAGUGGGACUACAACCUGGAGGCCCGCGUUCGUGAUGGUGUGGCGAUCAUCACUAUGGCAACCUCGGCCAUGAUGAUGGACCGCGGACCUCACACCCUACUGAAGUCUGAGUGCCACGGAGCUCCCGACAAGAAGACCCCCAUCUCAGGCAACCCCAAUGAAGUGCUCAGGUACCUGAUGAAUGUGACGUUUGAGGGGCGUAAUCUGUCGUUCAGUGAGGAUGGAUACCAGAUGCACCCCAAGCUGGUCAUCAUUCUGCUCAACAAGGAGAGACAGUGGGACAGGGUGGGUAAAUGGGAGAAUGGUUCCCUGUCCAUGAAGUACCAUGUGUGGCCUCGUUAUGAACUGUAUGGAGGCGCAGCAACCAGAGAGGACGACCACCUGUCCAUCGUGACUUUGGAGGAGGCUCCAUUCGUCAUCGUGGAAGAUGUGGAUCCGCUGAGCGGGACCUGCAUGAGGAACACCGUGCCCUGCCGGAAACAGAUCAAAACACUCAAUCAGACGAAGGAGUCAGGGAUCUACAUAAAGCGCUGCUGUAAGGGCUUCUGCAUUGACAUCCUGAAGAAGAUCGCCAAGUCGGUCAAGUUCACCUAUGACCUUUACCUGGUUACCAAUGGCAAACAUGGCAAGAAGAUCAAUGGAACGUGGAACGGCAUGGUGGGAGAGGUGGUGUUAAAAAACGCCCACAUGGCCGUCGGCUCCUUGACCAUCAAUGAGGAGAGGUCCGAGGUCAUUGACUUUUCCGUCCCCUUCAUCGAGACGGGCAUCAGUGUCAUGGUCUCCCGUAGCAACGGCACCGUCUCGCCCUCGGCCUUCUUAGAGCCCUUCAGUGCGGAUGUGUGGGUGAUGAUGUUCGUGAUGCUGUUGCUGGUGUCAGCAAUGGCCGUGUUUAUAUUUGAGUACUUCAGCCCCGUUGGAUACAACCGCUGUCUGGCUGACGGCAGAGAGCCUCACGGUCCAUCGUUCACCAUCGGUAAGGCCAUCUGGCUGUUGUGGGGUCUGGUCUUUAACAACUCUGUGCCGGUUCAGAAUCCCAAAGGCACCACCAGUAAGAUCAUGGUGUCGGUGUGGGCCUUCUUUGCUGUCAUCUUCCUGGCCUCCUACACUGCUAACCUGGCUGCUUUCAUGAUCCAGGAGGAAUAUGUGGACCAGGUGACUGGUCUCUCAGACAAGAAGUUCCAGAGCCCCAACGACUUUUCACCUCCAUUUCGUUUUGGCACCGUCCCAAAUGGGAGCACAGAGAGAAACAUCAGGAACAACUAUCCAGAAAUGCACUCCUACAUGACAAAGUUCCAUCAAAGAAACGUCAAUGAGGCUCUGGGGAGUCUCAAGGCUGGCAAACUAGAUGCUUUCAUUUAUGAUGCGGCCGUGCUGAACUACAUGGCUGGCAGGGACGAGGGCUGCAAGCUGGUGACCAUUGGCAGCGGCUACAUCUUCGCCACCACGGGGUACGGCAUCGCCAUCCAGAAGGAGUCGCUCUGGAAGAGACAUGUGGACCUGGCCAUCCUGCAGCUCUUUGGAGACGGUGAGAUGGAGGAGCUGGAGUCCCUGUGGCUGACGGGGAUCUGCCACCACGAGAAGAACGAGGUGAUGUCCAGCCAGCUGGAUGUGGACAACAUGGCCGGUGUCUUCUACAUGCUGGGGGCUGCCAUGGCUCUAUCACUCAUCACCUUCAUCUGCGAACACUGGUUCUACUGGCAGCUGCGCUUCUGCUUCAUGGGCGUCUGCUCCGGCCAGCCCGGCUUCGUCUUCUCCAUCAGCAGGGGCAUCUACAGCUGUAUCCAUGGGGUGCAGAUCGAAGAGAAGAGCAGCUCUGCAUUGAAUUCCCCAUCAGCCACCAUGAACAACACCCAUUCCAACAUUAUGCGCCUCUUACGCACCGCCAAGAACAUGGCGUCGCUGUCGGGGGUGAACGGCUCCCCGCACAGCGCUCUGGACUUCAUCCGCCGUGAAUCCUCUGUCUAUGACAUCUCUGAACACCGGCGCAGCUUGGCGGGCCACUCAGACUGCAAGCCGCCUUACAUACCAGAAGACAACAUGUUCAGCGACUACAUCAGUGAGGUGGAGAGGACGUUUGGCAACAUUCACAUGAAGGACAGUAAUCUGUACCAGGACCACUACAUGCACCACCAUGGCUCGACAUUAGGGCUCAGCGGACCUCCAGCCAACAGGCCCCAUAGUUUGGGCAGUGCUAGUUCUCUGGAGGGUGGCAUGUUCGAUUGUGACAGCCUGGGUGGAGGGGUGGCCCCUAUUUUCACCACCCAGCCCUGCUCAGCACUGACCCACAGGAAUAUGAGCAAGUUUGACCUGCUUUCUGGACAGACUCCUCCCUCAGGCCAGAGCUUCAAGGGUGGCCUGCCAGACCUGUACGGGAAGUUCUCUUUCAAAGGAGGUGCCUCAAGUUCCACAUACAUCCCUGGGCAAAACUACUGUGGAGGAAGAGGAGAUGACGAUGGGAAUAUACGUUCAGAUGUUUCAGACAUUUCCACACACACAGUAACUUAUGGAAACCUGGAGGGUAAUGCCAAGAAACGCAAACAAUACCGCGAUAGCCUGAAAAAGAGGCCGGCCUCUGCCAAGUCCAGACGGGAGCUGGACGAAAUUGAGCUGGGCUACAGGAGGAAACCAUACCACAUCAGCCACCACCACUACCACGGCCACCGCUCUGCCUCCCCACCGCUUUUGCCCUCUGAACGGAAGAGACCAGGAGGCGGCGGAGGAGGAAACAAUGAUGGGAACUAUGUCUUCAGAGAAAAGGAGAGCGUUAGGGAUUUUUAUUUGGACCAGUUUCGGCCCAAAGAGGGCGUCCCUCAGUGGGAACAUGUGGACCUGACAGAGGGCCCGGUGAAUAGAGAUGGAGGAGUACCGACCUGCACUUCCCUGGUUCCAGUGGAUGACUUUCUUAAGAGCAAACCCAAAAAGUCGGAUUCAAAGAGCGGAGGAGGAUCUGGGCUGGCAGGGGGAGAGUGGGAGUGCAGGAACUGUCGGGCCAGCGGGGGAGGUGGGGGCAAACAGAUGUCCAUUCAUGGAGGUGGUGGUGGGUAUGGUGGUGGUAUGAGCUGCGGAUCCUCAGGAGGUGGAAACAGCCGUCCGAGCUCAGCAACCUGCAUGCGUUGCGAGGGCUGUAAAAAGACAGGAAACCUGUACGAUAUCAGCGAAGACAACAACCACCUCUUGGAACAGAUGGGGGGAGGGCAAGGUGGUGGAGGAGGAGGAGGAGGUAUAGGUGCAGGCCCUCAAUCUCAACUUCAGGGCCAGCAGAGGAGGAAGGGCGGAUUAGGCAAACCACUUAGGCGGCAGCAUUCGUAUGACGCAUUCGUUGACCUUCAGAAAGAGGAGUCAGGUGGAAUGGGAAGUUUGAUGGGUGGUCUAGGAGGUGGAGGAAUAGGUGGUGCAGGUAUGGGAGGGAUGCUGCCCCCUCCCAGGAGUGUUAGCUUAAAGGAGAAAGAACGUUACAUGGAGGGCACCAGCCCCUUCGCACACAUAUUUGAGCGUCAUGGGGGCUCGGAAAGAGAAAGAGAAAGAGACAGGGACCCGUUGUUUUACGGAGGUGAGGGCCGGAAAGGACCCGGCUCACCGUUCGGCCUGUUCAGAGGCGGUGACGGCCUCCACCGUCGCUCCAUCGGAGAGAGAGACAUGAGAGACAGGGAUAGGUCCUUGAUGGAAGGAGGAGCAUUCUCUUUAUCCAAAUCUCUCUACCCUGACCGGGUAAACCAAAACCCCUUUAUACCCACCUUUGGCGAUGACCAGUGUCUGAUGCACGGAGCCAAACAAUAUUACAUGAAAAAGCAACAGCAGCAGCAACAAGUUGCCAAAAACAGCCGAAGUGACUUCAGGAGCCAGAUGAGCACGGCGUCAUAUCUGCCGGCGUCUGCCACGGCCGGGGUGAUGUCCAAUGUGACCCCCCGGUUCCCGAAAGAGCUCAGCCUCGGUGGAAUGAACCACCACGGCUCCAUGCUGGGGGUCGGCCCCCCGCGUCCCUUCAAUGGAAGCAAUGGCCAUGUGUACGAGAAACUCUCCAGUAUUGAGUCUGACGUGUGAGAGACAAAACCGGGAGGAAGAAGGCAAGGGAGACGGAGGAGAGGUAGAGGCGUGUAGUGUUAGGAGAUCAGGGAUGAUUUUAAAGACACUGUCCACGCACUGCAACCCUAGCCCAUAUUGGGACAGCAAGAUGAGGUACUUGGGAGAGAGCUAGAGCAGGAAAAGACUGGAAGGGAGAGGCAAGAGUAAGGGGGGGGAAGGGAAGAAAUCUUGAUUUUGCAAGAAAAUCUGGGUAAAAAAAAAAUCAGGACACCCUGGGGAGGUGUGGGAUGUUAACCCUCUCUCAGAAACGGCCAAAGCUACUCUACUUUUAUGUCAACACAGUCAAUUAACAUUCCCCUCAGCAUCACAACCGCACUCAAAUCCAAGUCCAUCAUUCCAUCCACCAGUGAGGCAGAAGUCACUGUACUUGGUUAUUAUCGCAAAGAAGCGACACCUCAUCUCAGUUUGAUGUGGGACAUGUGAGCCUGGUGCGAUUUGACGGCUGUCUGAGAGCUCCCGCUGAGUGCUUAUGAAGAAGGACUCCAAGAGCGAGGAGAGAGGAGCGAACUGCCCAUCUGCCCCUGUGUCACUGCAGAAAGGAGACAUUGUCGCGUUAACACAGGAGAUGACUAGUGCCUCUCUCUCUCUCUCUCUCUCUCUCUCUCUCUCUCUCUCUCUCUCUCUCUCUCUCUCUCUCUCUCUCUCUCUCUGGUAGGAGACAGCCUGUCCCGUCCAUCUCUCCCACUCUUCUGUUAUUCCCCCUCUCUCUCCUCUUCCUCUCAGCUCCCGCUCCUCCUCCUCUUCCUCCUCCUCCUCAUCCCUUACGCCAAAAGAGCUGUUUGCUAUGAGAAAUACAAUCACGAAUGAUAAUAAGAUAUUCUUAUAGAAAAAAACAGGGUAUAAGAACAACAAUAAUAUUGAUAACAUUGUGAAUAACAAAGAUGUUAGUGCUGAUUAUGAUAACACUGCUUAUGAUAUCACUAAGUUUUUUCUCGUUUCAUGUUUUGUUGGUAUAAUAUUUCACUACUGUUUUAGUAUCUGUAGUUGUUCCCUGUGUGCCCAUGGUGGCAGCAGGAAGGUUGUUUUAAGUUCAACCAACAAGCCAGAAAGACUGAAUCCUCAACUCUUGUUUUUUUUUUUGUUUUCUUUUUCUGUUUUCUGUAGAAUAUUUUUACUCCAUGCUCAUAUAUUUAUUUGCUCCUUGUGGGAAAAAACAGGAUCUCGAAGACACAUUUAGGGCUGACAGAUCCUCAUUUGAUGUUUCAAGACAUUACAAAUCAAAGUGCACACACACACACACACACACACACACACACACACACACACACACACACACUUCAACACACAGUUUUUUGUCGGCCUGAACUUGUGCUACUGUGAACAACACGUUUCGUCAGAAGCUGAAGAUACUGAGAGGAAGGACGUGCCUUAAUGGUCUCCAGUGGAUGUGUCCUCCAGUCGGCACGCGGCCCCUCGACGUGGCAGCACCAGGACGGACCAGCACUCUUUUGAGGCCGCUCGGCGGUCUCGUCACGUUUAUGAGCCAAAACUGCAGUAAAAUUUUACAGCGGGCUUGAGACGCUGCUACUGCUGCUGCUGAUGGUUUAGAUACAAGAAAUGCCGUCGGAGAUGUUUUAUAACUUCGUAAAAAAUUAUUUCAUAUGUCGAGUACGGGCUGUGCUUAAUGAAGCUAUUCAGGAUGUCACAGAUAGACGUCUCACUUCACAGCGCGGCGGCCUUUAGACCACUUCUUUUAUUCAGGUUACACGACAACAGUCACCCGGCACUUACUUUUUUCGGCCUCUCACUAGUAUCUCGCGAAAGGCAUUACUUUUCACUCACAGUCUGAGGGGUGCACACAGGGAGCUUUGUCCGGACAUUGUGUAUCAUUAAAAUAUGCACUGUCUUUAAUGUAGGCGAAACUCUACAAAAUGCGUAGGAGGCGCGUUGUUGCCGCACGACAAUGAUAAAAGCUUGAGCUGAGGAGGAUGUCUGUCAGAGAGAGGCCUCUUUUAAGCUGACCGAGGUGUCAGGAAGGCGGCCAUCUUGCGAAAGCUUUGCGGCUUUUUACUUUGACCGAUGUAGAUAGUCUUUUGAGCUGGGGAGGCCUCGUUUAUUGCACAGGACCUUUUUACUCAGUGUAGGCACUCAGUAGACAUGCCUUAUUGUCCCAUCAACCCCUGCCCCCAUGCCCUGAGCUGUCUGAUGAUGACUCAUCAUUUUACUGUACAGAAUAAAGAAGCCUCUAUGACUUAUUUAAAGGUUUGAUCUUCGAUUAGCUGGCGGUGUCGGAAGUUCAAGGGCUGCAGGAGAUUGCGCAGGAGUGCUGGCCUGAGAUUGGAGCUGCUGGAGUGUGUGGAGUGUGAUCUUUGUCAUUGCGGUCUUCUAUCUUAUACCCCGAUCUAAAUGCACCGGUGUAAUGGGUUGGUGUGGACGUGUGUGCGUGUGUCGAGGGAAGCAAAUCACGAUUGAAUGAUAAAAGCUGUUGUUUUUUUUGUUUUUUUUUCCCGCGAACCUUCUGAUAACUAUUCAUGAAUACAACAGCAUCUCGUCGUCCCUCGCUCCACAGAUAACAGCGUUAAAGUGAGACUGAUCGAGUUAGCCUUAAAUCAAACUGAUUCAUCCACCCCCACCUCCCCCCCAUGACUCUCCUAAUAAAUAGAUUGGGAUCUCUGGAAUUUUUAUAUACGCACACAUUUUUGAAAGUUCAGGUCAACCAUUAUCAGCAGGACGGUAUAAGAAGGAGACAAGGAGAACGAGGAAAUAAGAACGAGCCGAAAGAAAGACUUGGGAGUGGGCAUCAAUCAGUGUCAGCAUUUGUAUGUUCAAUCUUUUCCUUGUAAAUAAUAUAUUUAAAACAGUUUUCACUUUGUACAGUAAACAGACAGACAGGAUGUAACUUUCAAUAUGUUUUACAGCAAUUUAAGAAAUAAACAAAACAACAAUAAAAACUCAUAAAAUACAAAAAACACAUGAACAAAAAUAUGCAAAAUAUAGUUAAGACACAAAUAUUACUAAUCAUAAGUGAUAUAAUUGAACCUCUUUUUCUUUGAAUCUCAUGUUUACUUAAUUAUGAUAGUUUACCAAUCAGUAUACUGAUAAUGUUAAGACUUAUGCUUUUUCAUAUUUUCACUCAAGUGUUGGAAAUUGAGGAUAAUUUACUGUAGGUGUAGACGUUUGGUGAUAAACUGGGGAAAGUUUAGUUUUUAGGAGUCUUUGCUAAGUUUCCCUUGAAUUGUGUUAGAUAUCUCUCUUUUUAAGGUAAGCUAUUCUUCAUGCUUUUUGAGAUCAAUUCAAUUAUCUACACAUUUAUGUAAUACAAUAUUACAUGUAUACAUAGAUGAUAUUUGCAUAUAAAGGCAGUAUAUUGUGAUCCUUCAUUUUCAAGCAGCGAUCCUUGUUAAAAAAAAAAAAAAAAAAACUUCUGAGAUAUUUGUGUUUUUGUUGCCCAUUUUUUUGACCUGGGCUCUAAUGGUGAUUGCACACAGAAUUUAGAGCCAUCGUCGGCCCGGCCUAUCCUGUUCCCUCUCUAUGUUUGGGAUAGACAUCACUGUGGUAAAGGAAAAAAAUAUAUAUAUAUAUAUACGUGUGUGUGCACACACAUGCACACAAAGACAUGUAUAAACACAUGUACACACAUAAAUGCGCGCUGGACAUUUGCCAGUGUUGGUGUUUUGUUUAUACUGCUGAGGAUUUCAGCACGACACCGUGGAAAAAUCAAGAGCGAGUGCAGUUUCAUCGAACUGAGAAUCUUAUUUGAAGCUGAGAUGCAUUUGUACAACCCCUUAUUAAAAGGUGCAACAUUUGUUCCGUCAUGUCUCAUUUUAUGUAGAGUUUUGCUUCAGGGGAAUCAACUGUUGCUAUAUUUUAGCUCACAUAUUACUAGACUGUGUUAUUUGACAGCUGAGAACGUUCAAACGCUUUGGAUUCUAAUUUAUUUUGUGCAACUUUAUGCACUGCUUGUUUCUCUGUGCGAGACGGGGAGUAUAAUUUGUAAUUUGUUGUGUACAUAUGCAAUUCUGUUGCCGUGCAGUCAGAAAUUAUUUCUCCCGCUCUUCUUCUGUGUGCUACUGAUUCCAAUAAGUCUCUGUAAUCUUCUCCCCCAGCCUGAAGAGAAGAAACUCAUCUCGCUUGUGUUUUUCUCCCUCAGCUACUUUCAUGUCUAGAGGGUUGAGUGAAACGUGGAAAAAUUGUGUCCGUGUGCGCGUAAACUCUGUUCGGUUUGCACAUUUUUCAUGGAAGCCACAGCGUUUUUUUGUUUUGUUUUGUUUUUUUUCCCCCCUCUUCAUUUGCAAUAAACAGCAUGACCAAACAGAAAAUGCUCUUACUGUACGUGCCAAUACAUCACUUCCGGUUGCUGUUUUGUUUUUUCCCGAGCCACGGCCAGCUCACAGCUGCUGGUUGGGAAGUGGAGGUGCACCUGACACUGUGGUAAACUUGCUAUCAUCAGGCCUUCACCACCUCCAGCUGCUCAGCGUGCGCAGGUCGGGCCGGUGAUGCAGAGUAAGCAUGGCUCGUCAGAAGUCUUUUAUUUCCCUCACGGCCAAAUUGGUCCCAGCCUCACUUCUCUGCACACGCGCACGCCACAGCACAUUUGUUCAGAUGCUUCAUGGAGAGCAAAACACUGUGUCACACUUUGCUUUUUUUUUUUCUUUUUUUCUUUUUUUUUAACAACAUAAGAGAAUUGCUUGAUCACGUUAGUGGGCUGGAACAUCCUGAUGGUGGGGGAUGUAAUCAUCACCUCAGCUGACGUGUUCUGUUCAGUUUUUUUCUUUCUUUUUCUGUAGGGAUUACUGACACAUGGGACCAAAUAACAGCAUGACAUGGUCAGCUUAACUAAACUGACUCGUGAAAAUGUAUUGUUUUGUGUGUAUGUGUUUUUGGAGGAAAGACAUUUGUUUCAGUAUUUCUAACAUAUUGAGUUGAACUGCUAUUCACAUUGUUUGUUUUCGGGUUUUUUUGUUGUUUCUUUUAAUCAGUGGGACACUUCUCAUGCAGACAGGAAGAAUUAUACUGUGAUAUUAUCUGAUUGAUUUAUUGUGGAGGUCCAUGUAAUUUUAGCUGCUUAUAAUUUUCACCCUAUUUCACCGCAGAACUUGUUUACUAAUAUUUUAAAAGUUCUACCUGUGUGUAUGUGUAUUAACAUGUAUUGAUAUUGCUUUAUAUUGAUGCAUACAAGUUUUUUCUAUUAAAUUGUGUACAGUUUUGUUUGUUUGUUAAUAUUGCUAUUUUCCAUCUCCACCAUUCAUACUUGAGAAUGGUUUGCUUGACCUGAAUGAUUAUUGAUAACAUGACAUAAGGGGUUGCUACUAAAUGUAUUUCACGAGGUGAGCCGGUUGAUGAAAACACACAUCUGCACUGGAACUUACACAGCCUGAUUAAAUUUGCUGUGGGUUGACAAAAAUGUAACAUAUGAAUAGCAUCAAUUGUAUACAUAAUGAUAUACAUAAUAUUAUUCUUGGCCAUUCUUUUCUCUUUUCGUGGCCCUUUUCUUUGAAAUAAUUCCCCCGAAUUUUUACACCAUACAAACAGAAAAAUGACACAAAAACAAAUAAUUGUACAGGUUGUGUAAAUACUGAAUAUUGGGGGGAAACAUUUACCUUCUUUUUUUGUAUGGAAACGAUCAAAGUAAUCUCAAUAACGAAAUUAAUCACGUCAUGACAAAAUUGCAAAAAAACAUCAUUAAGGUACUUCUAAUAGGGAUAAUAAUGAUAUCUACAAUUAUAAGUGCUCAAAUAAGACUAUUCUUUCUCUUUGUACAUGAUGAACAAAAUGAAGUGUUGAGUAUUAAUAAUAAAAAAAACUAUAAGUUUCA